AUGGACAGAGAAAACCAAAAUAAAGAUACAAGAAAAACCAGCAUCGGUUCCUGCAUGGAAUGUAAAUCAAUUUCAUCACCUUCAACACCAUCAGCGACAACACCAACACAAACGCCUGACCACAAGAGUCCACUGAAUAUGGCCAGUAACUCGACUAUACCAUUUUCAAGGAUGGCAUAUACCACAGCAGCAAUGGUGGAAGAGGCUAUGGAUUCGUUACAUGUGAAUAGUCAGGACCGCCAUAAAAAUGCUACUAGUACGACUGCAGCUGACAACAUAUCCGCUGAAUUCCAGAUCAACACUGAAUGUGACAAGGACAAUGUUACCAGUAGCAGUGGUAGCAGCAGCAUCACUGGCAGCAAACAUUUGCCAAACACGUGUGGUAACAGCGAAACACCAAUCAAGGAUUUUUACCGUAACGCCACCAUACUCAUCACGGGCGGUACCGGUUUCGUUGGCAAGGUGUUAAUACAAAAACUAUUACGAACCUUUGAAGUGCGUAGAAUUUACAUGUUAAUACGUUGCAAGUAUAAUAUGACGGUGGAACAGCGUUUGCAGGAAUACUUCAAUGAAACGAUAUUUGAUACGAUACGUGAACAGAAUCCUCAACUUUUCGAUAAAGUGCAUCCCAUACGAGCAAAUUUCAAUGCAAUCGAUCUGGAUAUUACACCCACAGAUCGUGAGCUGUUGAGCAAUGAGGUUGCGAUUGUUUUCAAUGUUGUCGCCUCGGUGAAGUUCAAUGAAAAACUAAGCGACGCCAUCGGCAUCAAUGUCCUGGGAACAAAUAAGAUAUUAGAUUUGGCUAUGGAAAUGAAACAUUUAAAGUCAUUUGUUCACAUUUCAACGCUGUAUUGCAACUGCAACAGGAAACACAUCAAAGAGAAAGUGUACGAAACGGAAAUUGGCUAUGAAAAAAUUAUGCAGAUUUCUCGCAUAUUUGAUGACGAGACACUGGAAAAGUUUCGUCCUUGUCUAAUUGGAGAAAUGCCAAAUACCUACACCAUGACCAAGAAAUGUGCAGAGAAUUUGGUUAACCACAAAGCGUUUCAUUUGCCAGCCGGAAUAUUUCGACCACCAAUUGUCAUGUCAACAUACCAGGAUCCAAUACCGGGAUGGACUGACAAUUUAUAUGGCCCCUCAGGAUUAUGUACAUGGUCUGCCAGAGGUAUGGUGCGUUGCAUUUAUGGAAAUUCGAAGUGUAAAGCGAAUAUGGUACCGGCAGAUUAUUGUGUCAAUGCAAUGAUAUCAUGCGCCUGGGAUGUGGCAAGGAGAUAUGAAUUAUCGAAAACCGAAAAAGAUCAGAGACGAGAGUUGCCUGUAUACAAUUAUAUAUUUGAACGCAAUAAUUUAACAUGGGGCCAAUAUAUGCAUUUAUCGCGAAAAGGAUUUCAUGAACCUUUCGACAAGGUAUUGUGGUGUUUCUCAUACAUUAUAAUACCAUGGAAGCCAUUACACUAUGCAGCCUCCAUUGUACUGCAUCAUAUGCCGGCCUACAUAUUGGAUUUAAUUGCUCUAGUUACGGGUCAAAAACGCAUCUACAUAAAGGCCUAUGCAAAGAUUACCAAAAUUAUUUAUAUGAUGUCCUGGUUUGGCCUCAAGCACUGGUCAUUUGCCAAUCGUAAUGUCACCGAAUUGGAUGAACUAUUGACGGGCAAAGAGAAACAAUAUUUGCAAUUCAAUAUCAACACCAUCAAUUGGACAGAUUAUUUUCGCUCGUAUUUAAGUGGCAUACGUAAAUAUGUCUUCAAGGAUAAAGAGACAAAUUUGGGGAAGAGGAAAACUUUUUAUCGAAGAAUAUUGUUCUUGCACAAUUUAUUAAAGACCUCAUUUGGCAUUACACUCAUUAUGUAUCUGGUUAAGAUAUAUUUCAAAAUAUUCAAAGCGAUACCAAAAAUUAAAUUUUAA